CAGAAGUUUUAUCCUGCUACGUUAUGUCUGUGUGUCUGUGUACCUGGGAAAGUAACGUGUGUGUGAGAAAGAGAUAAUUUAUUUAUGAAGAACCAGCUAUAUUAACUUAUUUUUGCACCGAAUAGUGCUCAAGGCAUCUUGACUAAAAGCUUCAGGAAAGCGGGACACUCCUGAAGGCAUCACCACUGUCACCAUGGUUGCCACCAGCACCCUGAAGGCUAAAAGCAACGACUGUAUUUCUGAAUAUGCUGAAAGAAAAUACGACCAUGUUUGCAUUGAGAAAGAGUUGGAUUUCUGGGAUCACUGCUUGGCCGAGCCUCAGAGGACUGCAGACUUUGUAGAGGAGAGAGCCUGUUACCAGCUCGCCAGGAUGUUUGAGAGCUGUCUGUCGCGUGCUAAGAAGACGACUCUCCACUGCUCCUCUGUGCUGGUACCAGAGAAGCUGACGCGGAGGAUAGCCCGCGAAGUCCUCCGGCUGGCGUCCUGCGAGCCCUGUGGCCUGCGGGGCUGCGUCCUCUACGUCCACCUGGAGCUGGAGAAGGGCUGCAAGCAGCUGGAGCGCAUCGCAUACGAUGCCACGGUGGUGCCCACGUUUGAGCUGACUCUGGUCUUCAAGCAGGACGGCACGGCCUGGCCCAGCCUCCGGGACUUCCUCUUCAUGGGCUCGUGCUUCGCACCAGCUUUCAGACACGUUCUUAAACUGAGUCCAGGCUUCCGACUAGUCAAGAAAAAACUCUACUCCUCCUCAGCUGGUACUGUGAUAGAGGAAUGCUGAACUCUGGAGAUUAAAGUGGAAUAUUUGGUCUCCUGUGGGUAAAUGCACUUUAGCCCAUGUGUACGUGACGCCCCAGUGGUGUCACGUCUUGACAGUUUUUGUACAAUGGUGUCUGUUCAAAUACUAGCCAGUCGUCGUGGAGUGGAAGGUUAAGCUUGGGCAUGAACAAGACUCGAUCCUUUUCUUUAUAUCAGCAGAACUGUCAUUUAGUUUUCUAUCUUGUUGAGAGCAUUUGUUGCUCAAGCACUGUUUUACUUGUAUUUAUUCCAGAUUAAUUUGUUCACGUCAACAUGUUCGAGCGGUGUAUACUGUUAAAGACACUAGCCACUUUGUUGCAUCUGCUUCCAGGUGCAUUGAAUGUUCAGCAGCAAAUGCCUCGGCCUGAAUAGAUUGUGUUGUAACUGCAUGAGGGGCUGCAAUGGUUUUAAGAGAUGAGACGGUAGCUGUUGUGGGCUAAUGCUAUGGGAAUAUAUCCAUAUUCCAUAUAUCCAUAAGGCUGUCAUCACUGACAGCCUUAACUGUCAGUGAUGUUUUUGACUGUUUUUUAUUGCUUUCUUUUUUUUAUAUUAAAUACUGCCUCCUCCCCCCAGAAAUACCCUUUUCAGUGCAGAGCCUUUAUAUAAUUAAAGUUUGGUUCACCCAAAAAAGUG